AUGCGCGCCGCGGUUCUCACAUCAUUCGGCUCCGACCUCCUUCUUCAAUUCCUCCCCACCCCAACUCUCGGCACCGGCGACAUUAUUGUUGAGAUCAUCGCCACCCUCAUUGUUCCCUACCUCAAUCAAGUCCUCAGCGGCGCCCGCAAGUACCUCCUCCAACUCCCAUGCGUUCCCGGCCCUGCGGCGAUCGGCCGCGUCAACGCCGUCGGACCCGAUGCGACUCAUCUGAAAGUGGGCGAUUGGGUGUUCUGCGAUCCAACAAUCCGGAGCCGCGACGAUGCUUUGGUGCCGGACAUCACUUUGCAGGGCUUGAGCGCGCGAGAGGAGGGCGGAAUGAAACUCCAGAAAUAUUUCAAGAACGGGUCCUUUGCGGAACAGAUGCUGUUGCCGACGGAGAACUGUACAGCCAUUGGGGAGAUUGACGAAUGUGAGACCCACGGUGGCGAAACGAUAUUGAUCAGCGGCGCGACGGGGAGCUUCGGCAGCGCGGCGGUAGCCGUCGCGAUGGCUAUGGGGGCCGGGCGUGUGGUUGCACCGGGACGCAACGAACACGCUUUGGCGGACCUCCAGAAAAGGUUCGGAUCUCUUCUGCGAACGUGUGUUUUGUCUGGCGUUGAGGACGACGACCGUGAAAAUAUGAUGCAGGCAGCAGGGGCCCUUAUUGACUGCGUGUUGGACAUCCUGCCGCCCUCAGCGAGACCAAUGCCGGUGCGGGCGGCGAUCAUGGCCGUCCGACCAUAUGGCAGAGUGGUGCUCAUGGGCGGCGUCGGCAUGCUUGGCGGGCCCGGAUUGGAGAUUCCUUACCCGUGGAUCAUGCGGAAUUGUAUCACCUUGAAAGGACAGUGGAUGUACUCGGUCGAUGCGCCGACGCAUUUGGCAAGGCUAGUGCGGGCUGGCUUGCUGGAUUUGGGGCAGUUUGAGAUUGAGAUUUUCGGGCUUGAGAAUGUCAAUAAGGCCGUGGAGCAUGCGGUGGCCACCGCUGGACCGUUUAGGAUGACUGUGUUAACACCCCGAGCAUAG